UGUAACUUUGCUGCCUCGGUCGCCGUGGUCCCCGGGGAGCGGGCUCCGGCGCUCGCUCCCAUUGGCCGCCGCCGCGUCAGCUGGUGCGAUUUGCUGCUGUCGCUUUUGGCGUUCGGCCAUCCAGAAACAAACCAGUUCGAUGACUACUAAUAGUUAUAGCCAGAUGUACUAAUACACAACAAAUCACAGUCCUGCGGAGGGGCGCGCAAAUGAGUUCCUAUUUUGUGAAUCCCACUUUCCCCGGGAGCCUGCCCAGCGGCCAGGACUCGUUCUUGGGGCAGCUGCCCCUCUACCCGGCCGGCUAUGACGCGCUGAGGCCCUUCCCGGCCUCGUACGGGGCGUCGAGCCUCCCGGACAAGACGUACACCUCACCUUGUUUCUACCAACAGUCCAACUCGGUCCUGGCCUGCAACCGGGCGUCCUACGAGUACGGGGCCUCGUGUUUCUAUUCUGAUAAGGACCUCAGUGGCGCCUCGCCCUCGGGCAGUGGCAAGCAGAGGGGCCCCGGGGACUACCUGCACUUUUCUCCCGAGCAGCAGUACAAAUCCGACAGCAGCAGCGUGCCAGGCAAAGCCCUCCAUGACGAAGGCACCGACCGGAAGUACACGAGCCCUGUUUACCCCUGGAUGCAGCGGAUGAACUCCUGCGCGGGUGCUGUGUACGGGAGUCACGGGCGCCGAGGCCGCCAGACCUACACGCGCUACCAGACGCUGGAGCUGGAGAAGGAGUUCCACUUCAACCGCUACCUGACGCGGCGCCGCCGCAUCGAGAUCGCCAACGCGCUCUGCCUCACCGAGCGCCAGAUCAAGAUCUGGUUCCAGAACCGCCGCAUGAAGUGGAAAAAGGAAAAUAAACUCAUCAAUUCCACACAGCCCAGCGGGGAGGACGCUGAGGCAAAGGCGGGCGAGUAGACGCCUGGGCAGGGACUAGGCCAGCGCCGCAACCUCCCUCGGCUUUGCCCCUUCGCCUGCUCCCCAACUUUUCUCCCUGCCUGCUCCCAUCGGGGAGCUUCCGCAGUUUCAGGGGAGCCCGGAGUUUUGCAAACGCCUGAGCAUUUAUUUCUUACAAAAUAAUAAUAAUAAUAAUAAUAAAAAUCACACACAGCCAAUCCCAGCGGUGGAGCGGGGCGCACUGCACAUAACAGUCCCGCUCUCCAAGGCUGCCCAAGGCGGCUCCGGAUCCCAGGGCGCGCCCCGAAUUCGUCCCCCGCUCUUGUGCUACCGCCUCUGCGCGCCUCUGAGCUCGGGGACGCGGGGUUGCUGGAGAGGAAAGAACCCAGGGCCGAGCCCAUUUUGAUGUCUGAGCGUUUCUGCUUCGGUCCCUCGCCACCGAGUCCUGGAAGAUACCACCACAUCGACUCUGGCCACUGGAAAGAGGGAGCCUAAAGGCUGGGGCCCCAGCACUGCCGUGGCCUCCCAGGCCGCCCCCAGACAGGAAGGAGCGCGAGGAACAAAGGGGGUCCUGAGAAAGCCUAGUUUCUCGGCCCCGCGCCCAACCGUCCGUGGAAGCGAAGUCGAGCCAACCUGGGGCGGGUGGAACUUGACAGCCCCGGGAGCGACUGGGCUCCCGAAGGCUCAGGGCUUUGAAUUCUGGCUCCCUGCCUCCGACAGUGCCGGUGCUGCCACCACGGCAGCUUUCAGGACCAAAGGAGGGGGCCCAGGGCUGUGGGAGCGGCAAGAGCCCUGGCUUCUAAAUGUGCCAGGGGCGCCGGCGACGCCCGGCCUCCUGCGGGGAGAACCCCCCAUGCCUUUCGGCUGUAUUUGUAAUUUACUUUCGUCUUUCAGAACCCAGG